AUGGAUAAGUCGUGGAUAAAAGCUGAUAGAGAUUCCUUACAGUAUGAAAUAGGUGUUGAAAAUUUCUUGAUAUUUGCCGAGGAUAAUGCAAAAAACCCAAAAAAAAUUCGUUGUCCUUGUGCACGCUGCGUUAACUUCAAAAAAUUCCCGGUAGAUAUAAUCAGAGGUCAUCUGUAUGAUUCGGGUUUUAGUUUAGGAUAUUUUGAAUGGAUUUGGCAUGGUGAAGAGGUUUGUAACAGUACUACGUUAGCUGUUGGUAGUAGUUGCCCUCCUCCAAAGCCCACACCACCAACAGAAACCUACAACGUAUGCGACGCAACCUAUAGUAAGGACGAUUACAAUAAUGAUGAGUCUGAAGACUUCAAGAGGUUUGUUGCAGAUGCAGAACAACCUCUAUUUGAGGGAAGUGAGUGCACUAAACUAGAAACAGUCUUGAAAUUACAUAAUUGGAAGGUUAGGUUUGGGGUUAGUGAUAAGGCUUUUACUGAUCUUCUUGAGUCUGUUGGGUCAUUUCUUCCGAAAGACAAUGUGCUUCCAUCUAAUAUGUACGAGGCCAAGAAAACCUUGACUGAUUUAGGACUUGAGUAUGUAAAAUUCCACGCUUGUCCAAAUGAUUGCGUAUUGUAUAGGGGUCCACUCCUUGAGUCUUCUUCUGAGUGUCCAAAUUGCCAUUUGUCUCGCUGGAAAAUUGGGAAAGAUGGUAAAAUUAGGGUAAAUGUGCCGGCUAAGGUUAUGUGGUAUUUUCCUAUAAUCCCCAGGUUUAAACGAAUGUUUAAAUCUACUUCUACUGCCAAAUUAAUGGAUUGGCAUUCAGUGAAUCGGUCUAAUGAUGGGAAGAUGCGCCACCCCUCUGAUUCUCCUUCAUGGAGGAAUAUAGAUUAUAGGUGGCCUGAUUUUGGUAGUGAGCCAAGACACUUACGGUUGGGAUUAGCGGCUGAUGGUAUAAAUCCGCACAAUAACGGAUUAAACAACCGGUAUACUUGCUGGCCAGUUAUGUUAGUAACAUAUAAUCUUCCUCCAUGGUUAUGCAUGAAGAGGAAGUUUAUGAUGUUAACAACAUUAAUUUCUGGCCCGCAUGAACCAGGUAAUAAUAUUGACGUAUAUCUCGAGCCGCUAAUUGAUGCUUUAAAAAAAUUGUGGGAGGAAGGUGAACCAAACGUGUACGAUGCGCAUACUGAUUCUUUUUUCACUCUAAAGGCAGUUCUGAUGUGGACAGUAAAUGACUUCCCGGGGUAUGCCAACUUGUCGGGAUGCAUUAAUAAGGGUUAUAAGGCUUGUCCUAUUUGUGGUGAUCAGACUGUAGCUAAGUAUUUAAACCAUAGUAGGAAAAUGUCCUACCAAGGCCACCGUCGUUACUUAGAUAAAUAUCAUCCCUAUAGGAGGCUUAGGACAGCUUUCAAUGGAGAACAGGAAUUAGGUAUUGCGCCUGAACCACUUACCGGAGAAGAAGUUUUGGCGCAGCAACAACUUCUUAAAUUUAGUUUUGGAAAGGGGGGGGAAGUCGAAAAAGGUCGAAUCUGCAUGGAAAAAACAAUCAAUUUUUUUUGA